CAAGUUUUUAUAUAUAACAAUAAAGUUUUUGUUUUUCUUUUUUCAAUAUUAAUUAAAUCAAAUUAAUUAAUUGUUUGUUUAUUUAUUUAAUUUUUUGUACAGUAGUAACACAUCACAUAUUUAUAGAAUAAAUUUUUGCACAUUAUAAUUUUUUAUAUAGUAUUAUUUAUUAAUCAAAAUUUAUUCAUAGAAAUAAAAUAGUAAUAAUAAAAAUUAAUAGUAACAAUAAUAAAUAUAACAGUUUUAAGGAAUGAGUAAUCCAACAUUAAGUGAAUCAUUGGUUUUUACACCAUCUCUUAAAACACCAGAUGGUCAAGAAGUACCACAACCACCAACAAAUGCAGCAUUAGCAGAAUCAAUAGUUUUUGCACCAACAGCAGCUCCACAAUCACAAAAUAAAGAGAUAGAAACAGUAUCAUCACCAAUAUCAAUUGAUGGAGCAGAUAAAAAAGGAGAAGAGGAAGAAGAAGGGGAAGAGAUUGAACCAACAUCUACUACAACCAAUAACAGCAAUAAUAUAGAAAUUGAAGAGGAUAAGGAACACUCUGCAAAAAUAAAAGACGGCAUUUUAGGAGACGUUGUAGAUAAUGAAAAAAUAAUAUCACACUCUUUAGACUCUGAUGUCGCUGAAGAAGAUGGUCUCAAAAAAUCUGAAAUAAAUACAAAACAAGUUUUAAGAAAUCCAUCAUUUAAUGAAGAAAACAAUAGUAAUCAAAAUAAUAAUAUUAACAAUGACGAAAAUAAUGAAACUAAUAGUAAUAAUAUAAAUAAUGAAAAUAAUGAAAAUAAACCUACCACUACUACCACUACCACUACAACGACUACCUCCACAACAAAUCACAAUGAUGAAAAAGAAAACCAGGUUUCAUUUGAUAAUCAAGUAGAAAAAUUUGAUCCAAAUACAAGUGUUUAUGAAGAUAUUAAAGCCUCAGGUAGUUCAGUUGAUUCACCAAAUAGAGUUAGAUUAAAUACAAGUCAAAGAUUAAAAAUGAUGAAACAAAAAUCGGAGAAAAGAUUAAGUCAUAGACCAAAAUCAAUAAAGUUGGAACAUAAAAAGAAUGUUUUAGGUGAAAUUAUAUAUAAAGGUCAUCCAAGUUGGGCUUUAAUGUUAAAUAUUCAAACUGGUAUUAGAAAUGCAGUUGGUAAAAGUAUGGGUACAGAUGGGGCACCAAACAACAAAACCCCACAACAAUAUCAUACAUUACGUAAACCAAGUGAAUUUAGAAACCAAAAAGAUUUUUAUGCUUCACCAAAAACACUUAGAUUUGACAGUGCAGGUUCGGCAAUGACCAAUGCUCAUAGUACAGGUCCCUUUAAAUUCAAAGAUUAUUGUCCAAACGCAUUCAGAUAUCUAAGAUAUUUAUUUGGUAUCGAUACAGCAGAUUUUAUGGUAUCACUUUGUAACACAUUAAAGAACGGCGAAAAUGCACUACGUGAACUUCCAACACCUGGUAAAUCUGGCAGUUUAUUCUUUUUCUCUCACGAUAUGAAGUUUAUCAUCAAAACCAUUCCAAAAGAUGAAGCUAGAUUACUUCGUGACAUUUUACCAGAGUACCUCGAACACAUCGAAGCAAACCCAAAUUCAUUAUUACCCCGUUUCUUUGGUCUUUAUAGAGUGAAACCACAUUCAGGUAGACAAGUCCGUUUCGUUGUAAUGGGUAAUUUAUUCCCAACCAAAAAGAAGAUCCACGAACGUUAUGAUCUCAAAGGUUCAGUUGUUGGUAGAGAGGCAUCCGUAGAAGAAAGAAAAUCAGAAUCAGUCACAUUCAAAGAUAUAGAUUUUAGAAAUAGAAAACACAAAAUCUAUUUAGGUCCAACAAAGAAACAAUCAUUUGUCGAUCAAAUUAAAAAAGAUUGCAAACUUUUACAAAAAUUAAAUAUUAUGGAUUACUCUUUAUUAAUUGGCAUUCAUUAUCCUCACCGUGAAGAACAACCAUCACCAUCAUUAUUACGUUCAACAUUAGAAGAUAGCUCUGAUUGCGAACAAUCUCCAUCCAUCGAACCCCGUAAUAAAGAAAAUGGUCGUAGCAAAAGAGAAAAACAUUACUCAAUGGAUAAUGAAACUUAUAUUUCCGCUUUCCAACAAGAUGAAGGUGGUAUUAAAUCCCAAGGUGGUGAUUCAGAAGAACAUUACUUUUUAGGUAUUAUUGAUAUUUUAAUGUUGUACAGUUUACGUAAAAAAGUUGAACAUACCUAUAAAACAAUUAGAUUCGGAACCAAACAAGAAAUUUCAUCAGUUGAACCAGAAGAAUAUUCUGAAAGAUUCCAAGAAUUUUUAUCAACCAUUGUGGAAUAAAUUAUUAAAUAAUGUUAUAUAUAAAAAUAAUAAAAUUAUAAAAAAAAAAACAAAUAAAUAAUAAUAAUAUCAAAAAAAUAU